AUGCACACCUCCGCUUCCAAUGCAACUUCCAGGGUCCCACUGGCCUAUGAAGUGCAUAAGCCAAAGAGCAAAAGGUCAGACGAAAAUCGACCCCCGAUCAUUUUCCUCCAUGGAUUCCUCGGAUCCAAGAGGGAGAACGCGCGAGUGAGCAGGCUUUUGUCGCAAGAUCUAUCACGUCGGGUGUUUGCUCUGGACCUCCGGAACCAUGGUGACUCGGGCCAUCACCGGAGACAUGACUACAUGGAGAUGGCGUUGGACGUUGAGUCAUUUAUCAAGAAUCAUGGGUUUGAGAGCGCAACAGUCAUCGGCCAUUCGAUGGGCGCUAAGACAGCGUUGACCCUCGCUCUGCAUAAUUCCGACAUUGUGUCAGAUGUCGUUGCGGUCGACAACGGUCCAAUUGCGCUGCCCAUACCGAACGACUUCAAAAAGUACAUGGAUGGCCUGGAAGAGGUAGAACAGGCUAAGAUUAGAACUCAUACGGAGGGAGAGCGGAUUCUUGCAAAAUUCGAGGAGUCCCCAGUUGUACGACUAUUUCUGCUGAGCAACUUUAUCAAGGACAACCACCACAAUUACCUAAGGUCACGUCUUCCCCUCGGCACCCUAAAGACCGCAUUAGGUCCACUAGGUGAUUUUCCAAAGAAAAAAUGUGACGAGAAUUUCGACUCGAGUGGGUCAUGUCGGACAUGUGUUCGACUCAAGCUAGAUUGCCAUGCACCAAGGAAUGCGCAUCUCACGGCCGCCAGGCCGCACAACUCGGAUAUAGUACAGUAUGAGCACGCUCAAGAUGUCUCGAAUAUCUUCCGGGUUUUGCCUGGCCAUGAUCCGAGGGAGCAAACUAGCACUGUCGACUUUGAGAGAGCGACAACUUCUGCCGUACUCUUAACAUUUACGGACAUCAUUUUAGGCGGCACCAGCGAGUGGUAUCAUCAUCUGCAAGGGGCUAUUGCGAUCGCUAAUGGGGUUCGCGACAAACUGGAUCCUCGGAAUGUCAUGUUUCAUCGCUUCUUAACUCGCUUUCUCAUCUAUCAUGAUGUUACUGCCGCCGUUGCUUUGUCGACAUCAACCACACUGGAUCCAGUCUUUUACGAACAGGAAGAACAACAGACUGUGUUGGAGAACUUACAUUCUAUUGCGGGAGCAAAUUCGAUGCUGCUGACUUUAGUAGCUCGUAUUUGUCGACUGCGAGCAACGACAAAUAGAAACACACCUGUUGAUUUCGAUCCGCUUUAUACCGAGGCCAAUGAUAUCGAACAAAAGCUUCAUGUCGCGAAGGCCUGUAGCUCGAGUGGCUUUCUGUUCGAACAUUUAAUGGGAAUAUAUCGCGCCUCGGCAUUAUGCUUGCUGUAUCGAACACUCGAGAAAUUGGAAACAUCCGCACCGCUCAUCGACACGAUAAAAAUAAAGGGCAAUGUUUGUCAUGAGAACCUAAUACUUUAUCUGGAGAGCGUGUCUCUCGGUUCGACUCUCGGACUGGCGCUGGUGUUCCCUCUUUUCAUUGCUGGGGUAGGCGCCACCACGGCAGGCCAGCAAACCUUCAUGCGCAACCAGAUGGAAGGUCUUUACGACAGACUGCGAUUUGGAAACAUUGCAAGAGCUCUUUUGGUUCCGGAAGAUGUUUGGAAUUCUCGGGUAGCCUGUGAGCGGCCCGGAUGGACUUCGCCGAUUCAACAACGCAGUUGGAGGUUAGCGCUGGCUUGA